AUGGCAGACAUGCAACACAAGCCGACGGAGAACGAGGCUUCGUCAUCCACGGGCCAGAAACGCAAAGCGCAAGACGCGACCUCGAGCACCAUCCAGUUCACAUCGCGCAAUCCGCCCUGGACCUAUUUGAAGCUCCGACUCAUUCCCCAGCCAGACAGUACCAUCCCACAACCCCUCGAUGCCCUAUCUGCCCGCACCUACCUCUCCGCUGCGCUCUCACAAUUCCUCGGUGUCACGGGAACAGCUAUCCCAAUCGACAUCCUGAAGACCGAGCACGGGUCCGUCUCUGCUGCGAAAUUGGAAACCCCUGUGGCUGCCGGGAUGAGCAAAUACGACUGUGCCUGGGUGCGUGUCCCACGUGAAGACGCGGCGGCUGUUGUCUCUGCCCUUAGCUCGUGGAUUGGCGGCAGUGGCAGCGGCACAAAUGUCGCAUGGAGAAUCUGUGCCAAGGGGAAUUAUCUGGGUGCGCUGGUUGCUGGAUCUGGAUCAGACUUGUUCGUUCCUUGA